AUGGAGACGUGCUUAGCGCCAGGCGACACCUGGAACAUGUGCGCCGACAAAAAGAAAAUGUCUUUCGACUUAGUGUCUUGUUCCACAAAGGUUGCCUACGCUUCCGUUGCGGUGAGCUGUAUUGACUCGGUUCCCGGCACCGCAGAGACUUACGUCACAGUGUACAACGGUGGGGCCGUCGACAAUAGCACCUUAUUCCAGUUCGCGUGCUUUGCCCUCUCGAAUGACAUGACGAAGGCGUCCGUGGCCCCUGGUUAUUGCCGGAAGUCCCAGACAUCAUCUAGUUGGCCCAUCGACGUCGCCACCAAUAACGAGAUAGGGGGGACGUUAGACGUUACGAAUACCUACGAGACCUGCCGUGAGUAUGCAUUUGUAUUGAAAGCAAACUAUAUUGGUUGUUUAUGUUUAAGUUUGCUGUUAAAAAAAGUACACUUAGUAAAGUGA